AGCCGGCGGAUGGCAGUUAAAGACAUAGGGCUUAUAGCCGUGUGGGCUGGAGGGAGCGAGGGAGACGCUCGUGGCGCCCGCGAAACGACGGAGAGCAAAAAAAAAAAGAAAGAAAAAGAAAGAAAGAAGGGGUGAAAAAAGUGUGUCAAGAUUUUGAAUAAAUAAAUGCGAUGGGAGGGAAGGACGAGCGGAGGCGGCUCCGUUUCCUCAACCCGCUCUCUGUCAUGUCCUCGCGCGCCUGGAUCUGCGGAGCUCUGCUGCUCUUGAGCGCGCAGCCGUGGGGGGCCGCGGCCGGGGACAGCGACAGGCAGGACGGCGACAGGGACAGGGACAGGGACAGCAGGGACCUGCCGCCCUGCUCAGAGAUCGAGUACUACUUUGAGUACACGGAGUGCGAUAGCACGGGCUCUCGCUGGAGGGUGGCCAUCCCGCACAACCAGGGCAUGUGCAGCGGCCUUCCGGACCCGGUCCGUGGCACCGACUGCACGUUCUCCUGUGAGGCCGGCGAGUUCCUGGAGAUGUCAGCCCAGCAGUGCACGCAGUGUGCCGCUGGCACUUACUCACUAGGCAGUGGCAUCCGCUUCGAUGAGUGGGACGACAUCCCUGCCGGCUUCACCAGUCUGGCCACCUACAUGGACAACGGCCCCGGGGGCGAUGAAGCCCUGACCUGCAGCAACUCCACUUGGACGCCCCAGGGAAACUACAUGGAAUCGAACCGAGACGAGUGUACCGUGUCCCUCAUCUACGCUGUGCACUUGAAGAAACAGGGCUCCGUCUCCUUUGAGUACCAGUAUGUGGACAACAACGUCUUCUUCGAAUUCUUUAUUCAGAAUGACCAGUGCCAGGAAAUGGACCAGUCGUCCGACCAGAAGUGGAUCAAGCUGACCAGCAAUGGAGAGUGGGGCACCCACACGGUGAGCUUGAAAUCUGGCACAAACAUUUUGUACUGGAGGACAACUGGAAUUUUGGUCGGGGCUAAAAUAGUGAAACCGGUGCUGCUACGAAACAUUCAGAUCGAAGGGGUGGCUUACACAUCAGAGUGCUUCCAAUGCAAGCCAGGCACGUUCAGCCGCACGCCGGGCUCCUCGACCUGCGAGCCUUGCCCCAGAAACACCUACUCCAGCAAGGGGGCCAGCUCCUGCACGCCCUGCGACAAGGACAAGGAGUACGCGCCUGAGGGGUCGGCGAUGUGCAGGGAGAAACCCGCGUGCAGCGAGAAGGACUACUUCCAGAUCCAUACGGCGUGCGACAGCGAAGGCAAGACCCAGAUCAUAUACAAGUGGAUCGAGCCGAAGAUCUGCGUGGAGAAUGUGACCGGCGCCAUGACGCUACCCCCUUCUGGCGAGCGGAAGAAGUGCCCACCCUGCAAUCCGGGUUUUUACAACAACGACACGGCCACCUGCUCCCCCUGUCCCCCCGGCACCUUCUCAGACGGCGUCAAAGAAUGCCAGAAAUGUCCAGCAGGCACAGAACCGGCCCUGGGAUACGAGUACAAAUGGUGGAACGUGCUGCCCGCCAACAUGAAGACGUCCUGUUUCAACGUGGGCAACUCCAAAUGCGACGGCAUGAAUGGUUGGGAAGUGGCUGGGGACCACAUCCGGAGUGGAGCGGGCAGCUCAGACAACGAUUACCUUAUUCUAAAUCUCCGCAUCCCAGGCUUCAAGCUCCCGACGUCCGUCACGGGGACCACAGGCACGGAGUUUGGCCGCAUUACCUUCAUCUUUGAGACCAUCUGCUCCGCGGACUGCGAACUCUACUUCAUGAUGGAUGUGAACAGGAAGAGCACCAAUGUGGUCGAGUCGUGGGAGGGCAGCAAGGAGAAGCAGUCUUACACCCACAUCAUGACCCAGAAUGCAUCUGUGUCUUAUACAUGGGCCUUCCAGAGAACCAACCAAGCUCUGGAUACCAGGCAGUUUGUCAAUGACAUUGUGAAGAUCUACUCCAUCACGGUGACCAAUGCCCUGGGUGGGGUGGCCUCCACGUGCCAUGCUUGUGCCCUGGUGUCACAGCAGUCGGGCUCCUCCUGCGUACCCUGCCCUGCUGGACACUACAUCGACAAGGACACCAACCGGUGCAAGGAGUGCCCACCAAACACCUACCUUUCGGGACACCAGAUCUAUGGCAAGGAGUCUUGUCUUCCCUGUGGCCCAGGCAGCAAGAGCAACAAGGAGCACUCCGUGUGCUUCAGUGACUGUAGCUUCUCACACAUGGAGGCAAACCAGACCCUGACCUACGACUUCACUCAACUGAGUCCUGUAGCAAGCAUCACGAAUGGGCCGAGCUUCACUUCCAAGGGGACCAAGUACUUCCAUGUCUUCAAUGUAAGCCUGUGCGGACAUGAGGGCAAAAAGGCGGCUGUGUGCAUGGACAAUGUGACGGACCUAGCCAGCAAGGACGUGCAGCGCGAAUCCAGAGAGCUCGUCAACUAUGUGGAGACGUUCAUCUGCCAGUCGACCAUCAUCCCCUCGGAUGGGCGGGGCUUCAGGACAGCCCUGUCCUCCCAGUCCAUUAGUCUGGCAGACAUCUUCUUGGGAGUGACAGUGGAAAGCACACUCGGUGAUGUCACCAUCAAACCAGGCCUGUUCCCCGAGUCUUCAAAGAAGAUUCCAGACGUCAACUUCUUUUACUGGUCACCCCAGGCCACAUCGUCAUGUGACCGAGGGCGGAACACAGUUAUUAAACUGCGCUGUAACCCGGAGAAAAGUGCCCGUGGAGAGCUGACCUUACCCAGGAAAUGUCCAGCAGGCACCUGUGAUGGAUGUACUUUUUAUUUCCUGUGGGAGAGUGCCAACGCCUGCCCACGUUGCACAGAAGCUGACUUCCAUGAGAUUGAGGGUGCUUGUCGGGACGGCAUCCAGGAUAAGCACUAUGUCUGGAAUGAACCAAAGCUCUGCACCAAAGGGGUACCAUUGCCGGCGAAGAAGACCACGCCCUGCGAGUCUAUCGACUUCUGGCUGAAAGUCGGGGCCGGUAUUGGGGCCUUCAUGGCCGUGCUUCUCAUUGCUCUCACCUGCUACUUUUGGAAGAAGAACAAGAAGUUGGAGUACAAGUACUCACGCCUGGUGAUGACGGCCAACAAAGAGUGCGAGCUCCCUGCUGCUGACAGCUGUGCCAUCAUGGAAGGCGAGGACAACGAUGAUGAGGUGGUCUACUCCAACAAACCGUCACUGCUGGGAAAGCUGAAGUCCAUAGCCACAAAGGGCAACGGUGAGAGCUGUGAGUCUGUUCAGCUGAAGCCUUCCUCUGCAGAGCGAUGGGUGUGUGGGUAAGGGAGAGAGCUGACACAAAGUUCCGGGGACACAGAGAACCAGCAGCAUCAGGACCUCAGAAAACCCGUUGACAACGAGCUUCGGAAUGACCUGAUCUCAACCGGCGAUGUCUAAUUCUGGUGGCCUUAUAACAUGGAGGGAAGGGAUACUCUUGCCAGAAGGGAGUUGUGAGGCAAGGAGGGUUGUGUAGGUUUUCGCUUCUGCUCAGGUAGAGAUGCACUUCUGACACAUUGCUGAAAAUUAUUUUGCAAACCUGCACACUGGUUGCUCUCCGUGGGGCUUUUGACAGCAGGGUCUUACCAUUCUCUUUAGAUGCUUGUUAUCACAGUUUCUUACAAUGGUACCAGUGGAAUAUUUCCCUUUAAAUUUUUUGGUUGAAUUCAAACAUGACAUUUUAUCUGUCCUGUGUGUGAGAGAGCUCUUAUGAUGUGUGGACCAUGUUCAAUUCAAUAUGGUAAGAGAACAGAAUUCUGGGAAAGCUUUAAAACCACUUGUUCAUUUUUGUGUAAUUAAAAAGCCAUAGUUGUGUUGUGAGGCCUCUUAAACCCUUUCUUGUUCAAUCUGGAAAUAUGGUGUAAGAUAUCGUUGAUAUGCUGUGAUGUUGGCAGGUUUCAUCAUCUGUCUGUGUACAUGUUGAUUUUGAAAACUCAUGUCUCUUGUCUAUGUUUUAAUCAUGUGUUGUCUUUACCGCUGGAUGUACGUGAAUCAGUUUUGCACGCCCAACGAUAAUUUCCCUCACAUAGUUUUCUAGUCUUCGCUUAUACAGGUGAGCCCGGAUUGUUCUGUGACAUUGUUUAAGGUUGUCCAUUGUGUUUCGACAAAUUACUCCAGUGGUACAUAUCUAACAGGUACCAGGUGAAAAGAUUUGUGAUUCUAUUUACUCUCUGAUUUGCAUGAGAAAGUGGAGCCUUGAUUUGUACAGACCUGUAUUUUUGGAAAAGUAAAUUGUACUUUGAAAUGAAUGAACCCCAUUUAUUUUUUUUGCAGUAUUUUUUUCAAUACACAGUUGUAUAACACACAGCUCAUACAUAUGAACUAUAUAUUGCAAGUAAUUUAGACUAAAACUGAGAAGCCCAAUAAACAGAAUGAAAGUGGUUGUCACAGAAAUAAGUCUAGUGCUUUUGUUAGCUUUAUUAUUAUUUCAAGGAACAUACAAAUCCAAGAUUUCAUUGAUUUUUCUGCUGAAACAGAUGCAUUUUGGCGCCAUAAGUAAAAACUGGUGCUGUGAUUAUAAGAUUAAUCAAAGCUGGCUUUUAACACUGUUUUCAGCUGCACACCCAGGAAAGGCAGCAGAACACGGUAAAUAAAUAAGGGAGGAGUUAAAGUCUCUGUAGCAGUGAACUUCCCUUGUUCUUCAGCCUAGAUGGCUGAGAAAAACAGGAUCAUCUGUCAGACUGUCUCUAUAUUCCUCAUGAAUGUGGUGAGGACAGCGAAAGAGAGGCGCCAAAUGUGUGACAUCAGAUUCACUGUCUUUUGAAAUCCGGUAAAGUUGUGCUUUUUUCACACCAUUGAAGAGCAAAGAAAUUAUAACUAAUAAACCAUUAAUUACUCUGUUUUUACCUGUGAGAUGUUUCUUCAUAAGGCCAAUGAAUAUUCUUUGGCUCUGGAGUAGCAGUUUUUAAAUCCGACAUUAUUUUUCAUGUAAGCGGAAGGGUUUGUCUCAUUUUAGGUUAUGGAAAAACAUGCGAACAUCGUAUCCGUCCGUGAUAGAUCUGAAGUUCAAUGUAUAAUGAGUUACAUUUGUCCCGAGUGUUUACAGAACAGAUUUCUGUUAAUGCUCUUGCUAGCAGUGUAGCUAAUUCAUGCAACUGCAGCGUAAGUCAUUCUGUCACUAGUGCUGCAGCUCAUUCAAACAGCUGCAGUGUAAGUCAUGCCCAUGCUAGCAGUGUAGUAUCCAACAUACUAUCACGUGUCUGUAAGGAGUUUCAUCUCCGUAGGCUACGACUUUUAUGGUCGUCAUAAUUAACUCUUUUUCGUUUUAUGUUUAAAAUGGGAACCGUAGGUAGAGGAGCACCUGCCUUUAUGCUCUUUCCAUCCCAGCACUGCAAGCAAUUGCCAAAACAAAGACGCAAAGACAGACAGAGAAUGGUUACUGAUUUAUUGAGAUGCCAUCCCGCCCUUGUUAUUGCUCAUUUCAGGAGCACCCUUCUAUUGCUUUAUACGUACUAAGUUUGGCCUGGCCCGGUUGGGCCCAACAUAGCAACAGAUUCCUCUUUGUCCCAUUAGUCAGUCUGUAUUUGAGCUCAUGAAAAGUUGAAUUUACAAACUGUCAUCUAGUUUUUCAAGUUUUCCUUUUCUAGAACAUUGGUAUUCCAGCGAGACGUGGGAAAUGCAUGCCUCCCCUCCUGCUCUCCCCACAGAGCCGCAGCUCCGUGUCUGUCUGUAAACGUGUUUGGCGGCAGUUUUGGAGAUGUGUCUGCUCGCCUCGGGGCUGCCCCGGCGCCGCUGGGUGAGAGCGGGCAGGAAUCGGAGCCGUACGCUCCAGUCCCCUACGGUCUUGUCCUCUGUGUGGUCGGAGGAUGGGACAGAAACAGUCCCAGAAACUCGGUGAGGAAGGCAGAGAAUGGGUCCCGCGGCGGUCGUCCACAGCGGCCUGUCGCUCGGUGUGUAUCUCCCUACUGCAGGCCCAGCAGUGAGCAGAUAAGCCCAACAACAAAGAGCUGGAAUCUCUUAUAUGUCGCAGCAAAAGUUAAAAAAAGACUCUGGGCAUGACACUGCUUUAUAUAAUCCACUGCUUCCAAUUCUUUCUCCCAGCAAACACAUCUUUCUGUGUCUUAGUUUGUUCAACUGCAAGAACUGGGGGACUAUUCAGAUCUUUUUUUUCCAUUUUUUCCCACACAUGUAUAAGCUUCCAUUGACAUUGGGAAACUUAAACAAUAACACCACAAAAACACUAGACCACAAUUUUUCAUUGUUAAAGUAUGUUCAAUGCAGUUAAGAGCAGCAAUACAUAUACAAUAUACAGUAUAUAUAUAGAUAGAUACGUAUA